AUGGAUGAUGGCGUCGUCGACAUUGGAAGAUUCCAUUGGUCUACUUCCGUGGAGCAGUCGAUCAAAGAUCGGGAAUUUGAGAGUGCCAAACGUCUUCAGAUCGGGAAGCACGGUCUCCUGAAAACAUUUUUCUGGGAAGAUUUUCAGCCAGCUAUCCUAAUUGGUUUCCAUGUUGAGGUCGACACACGUGCUGUUGGAAUGAAUUUCAAGGUAAGGAAGGGACUUUUCAUAUCUCAACGUUCACUGUUCAACAGGGUACUUAUAUCAACGGGAAUCAUAAACUCGGACCUGACCGAAGGUGAUAUCGAGGGCUCUGGGCUUGGCUGCGAAGCUUGUGAUGUCAUCCAGCGAGUGGAACCGGAUGUCAGAGAUCUAAGCCGGGUGAUCGAGUCUCAACCACUGGCAGCGGUGCCUUCUCUUCUGCCUUGA